AUGCUUCCAAUAGAAAAAGAAAAUUCAAGAGUUGCUACAACUAAACCAUUAGAUGAACUUUUUACUAAUGUCGGUCAAAAGUUUGAGACAGAGACCGUAAAGCAUGAAGGCUAUCGUUUUGACUACCCAUUAAGAUGGCUAAGAGACCCAUCUGUCACAAAAGCUAUUGGCUUUCGUAGAAUGAAGUUUGUGUCUGUAGAAGAUAAAAGUUUUCCAUUUAUUGUAAGGUUUCAUAUAGAUUAUAUAUCUGAAGGGAAACGAAAAAUGUGGGAAGAAAUUGAGCUAAUACAAGUUGACCUUUCAUCUUCUCUACAGACUGCGUUA